CAUCUUUAACGAUUGUGACUCUGUAACCGUCUGCAUCGAACAUAAGUUAAUAAUAAAAGCAUAUAUAUUUUUACGCAGUUCUGUUCAGUGUUACCCAUUCCAUACUUAAUCUGUACGAACAUAUUGAACGCUUCAAAAUGGUAUGCCGGCUUUUCAGUUGGUACGAUUGAGCUGGUCACGAUGUUUAUCUCGUGCAACCUUGACCUUUUGUGGGCCUCAGUCGGUGGUUUUUGUUUCCGAAUUUGUUGUCGGAAUAUUGGAUUGGUUCGUUCGUUUAAAGGAUUUACAAUAGUGUAAACAUUAAGGGAUAGUUAACUCUUAUAAGACUGAUACUUUUUCAGGCAGAACACAGGUAAACUAUGUUGAGAGUGUGCCAGUUUGCGAAACAAUCGCAAUGUUUACGUUACACACUGAGUUCGUACCAGACACAACUAGUUUCCCAAAAUGGCUAUGGGAAAGGUUCUCCAACGUGUUUUGCGGCUCCCCUGGCACGACAGCAGUCCACCCUUGAUAAUUUGUACCCUCCACAUCAUGUAUUUGCUGAAAGACACAUAGGACCAAACAAAGAUGAGGCACAGGCCAUGUUGGAGUUUAUUGGAGUUCAGAGCAUGGAAGAACUGGUGGAUAAGGCUGUGCCAUCAAACAUCCGACUCAACAGGGAGCUUCAUAUUGAGGAAGCCAGAGGAGAAUAUGAACUUCUUGAGCGACUCCAGGGGAUGGCAUCGAAAAACAAGAUGUUCCGCAGCUACAUAGGAAUAGGCUACUACAACACUUACACACCAAACACCAUACUCCGAAAUAUGCUGGAGAACCCAGGCUGGACCACCCAGUACACACCAUAUCAAGCCGAGCUGGCCCAGGGACGGCUCAACUGCCUGCUCAACUACCAGACAAUGGUGUCUGACAUGACUAUGCUCCCCGUGGCCAACGCCUCUCUGCUGGAUGAAGCCACCGCUGCUGCAGAGGCUAUGGGCAUGUGCUACAGGCACAACAAGAGACGCAAGUUCUUCAUUGACAGACGUUGCCAUCCACAGAGUAUUGGAGUGGUAGAAACCAGAGCAAGUGCCCUGGGUAUAGAAAUAGAACGAGGAGACUGGCGUGAGGUGAACCUGAGUAAUCGUGAUAUCUGCGGCAUCCUUGUACAGUAUCCUGACACCGAGGGCAAUAUUGAAGACUUCACAUCACUUGUCGAUCAGGCACAUGCUAAUGGGACACUGGCAGUUUGUGCCACGGACCUGCUUGCCCUCACCAUCCUGAGGCCCCCUGGAGCCUUUGGGUUUGACAUUGCAGUAGGCUCCAGCCAGAGGUUCGGUAUUCCCCUGGGCUAUGGGGGUCCUCAUGCUGGAUUCUUCUCAACAAAGGAGAGCUUUGCCCGGCUGAUGCCCGGCCGUGUUAUAGGUGUUACAAGGGAUGCAGCCGGGAGAGAGGGUUAUAGACUGGCAUUGCAGACGAGGGAACAGCAUAUCCGACGUGACAAGGCUACCAGUAACAUAUGUACAGCCCAGGCUCUUCUAGCCAACAUGGCGGCCAUGUAUGCAAUCUACCACGGUCCUGAUGCCCUUAGACACAUUGGCAGGCGUGUACAUAAUGGCACCCUCAUGUUAGCUGAAGGAAUCAGGAGGGCUGGCCACAAAGUAAAAACCAAGGUGUUCUUUGACACCUUGAAGUUCAGCCCUGUGUCUUUAAAGCAAUCAGACAUCCAUGCAAGGGCUCUCGAUAUGGGCAUCAACCUCCGAUACUACGGUGAUGGAGAUGUAGGGCUGUCCCUGGAUGAGACUGUGGAGAAACAUGACCUGAAAGAUCUACUCCAAGUAAUGGGAUGCAAAGACUCCCUGGAGAAAGUAGCGGAUUUGGUUGGUGUCGAACCCCUAGAGAGUAUAGAGAAUUCCAUGUUCCGACGGACAAAUGACUUCCUCACUCAUGCGGUCUUCAACAGGUACCAGUCAGAGACAGACAUUGUACGCUACAUGAAGCAGCUGGAGAACAAGGAUCUGUCCCUCGUACACUCCAUGAUCCCUCUCGGCUCAUGUACCAUGAAGCUGAACAGCACAACAGAAAUGAUGCCGGUGUCAUGGAAGGAGUUUUCUAGUCUUCACCCGUUCAUACCAAAGAACCAGGCAAAGGGCUACCAGGAGAUGUUUUACGAGCUUGAGAAGGACCUGUGUGAGAUCACUGGAUACGAUAACAUCUCAUUCCAGCCUAACAGUGGCGCUCAGGGAGAGUAUGCAGGCCUGCGAGCCAUCAUGGCGUACCUCCAAGCUAUAGGAGAGACCCAAAGAAAGGUUUGCUUGAUCCCCACAUCUGCCCAUGGCACUAACCCAGCCAGUGCCCAGAUGGCAGGCAUGAAGAUCCAGCCAAUCAAUGUCGACAAGAACGGAGCCAUUGACAUGAAACAUCUUGCUGCCAAUGUGGAGAAGUUCAGUGACACACUUGCCUGUCUGAUGGUUACCUACCCUUCCACAAAUGGUGUCUUUGACAAGACAAUCAGGGAGAUCUGUGAUAUGAUCCACCAAUAUGGUGGCCAGGUUUACCUGGACGGGGCCAACAUGAAUGCCCAGGUUGGCAUAUGUCGCCCCGGAGAUUAUGGGAGUGACGUCUCCCAUCUGAACCUCCACAAGACCUUCUGUAUCCCUCACGGCGGAGGAGGACCUGGUAUGGGGCCCAUAGGAGUAAAGGCCCACCUUGCACCCUACCUGCCAUCUCAUCCUGUGAUUCCCCCGUACGGCCAGGACAACCCGGAGGCCAAGGCGUUCGGUGUUGUGUCAGCAGCUCCAUAUGGCUCCAGUGCCAUCCUACCCAUAUCUUGGGCGUACAUCAAGAUGAUGGGGCCUGCUGGGCUCAGACAGGCCUCGGAGAUGGCCAUUCUCAAUGCCAACUAUAUGUCACGCAGGCUGGAUGGGUUCUACAGGACUAUCUACAAAAAUGAACAAGGGUUUGUUGCCCACGAGUUCAUCAUAGACUGCCGGGAGUUCAAGAAGACUGCCAACAUUGAAGUGUCUGAUGUGGCCAAGAGACUCCAGGAUUAUGGCUUCCAUGCCCCAACCACAUCCUGGCCAGUGGUCGGUUCACUGAUGGUGGAGCCCACCGAGUCUGAGGACAAGGAGGAACUUGACCGGUUCUGUGAUGCCCUUAUUGCUAUAAGACUCGAGAUACAGCAGAUAGAGGAUGGGAAAAUGGAUAAAAAGAUAAACCCUUUGAAGAUGGCUCCCCACUGUCAGCAGGACGUGAUAGAGGGGACGUGGGACCGGCCAUACGACAGAGUCACCGCAGUGUACCCUGCUGAGUUUGUCACUCCAGCUUCAAAGUUCUGGCCAACGAUUGGCCGUAUAGAUGAUAUAUACGGGGACCAGCACCUUGUUUGCACAUGUCCGCCAAUGUCCGUCUAUGAAUCUCCUUUUGUUGAAGAACCGGGUAAAUUGACAGCUGCACAGGAAAAGUAGCUUCAUAAUGUCAGCGAUGGUUGGCUUCACCGAUAUCUGUGUGCAGUUUUGCAGUGGGAAAAAUGGGAGGAAAAAUACCUCCAGCAUGAAACAGUUCAUAUACCAUACAAAUGCCUGGUAGCUAAUGUACACUUGACUUCAACAUGAGAUUUGUAUGCGAUACUGUUAUUAACUUUGGUGCAGCUGUGAAAUUGUUAACUAUGGUGUAAUUGUUGUCUAUGGUGCAGUUGUUCACUGUGAUGUAGUCGUGUAGUUGUUAAUUACAUCAUAUUGGCUGAGGAUAAAAUUCUCAUGUUUUAUUAUUCCUUUAUUUUCUCAAAUCCACUGGAUCUUAUCUAUGUUGUUUUUUCCUUCUACAAAAUGGUAGUGAAUUGUGAUCUUAUUCAUGGGCAUUUUAUUUAAAAUUUGAACUAUCAAUUGUUUUAAUCCAAUGUGCUCAAACAUCUAGUUCUGUUGAUUAGAUAAUGAAAUGUUUAAACAUUCUUUGUGAGUUUUCUUAUGUAUCACCUUAGUACAAUAUACCAAAUACCACUUACCAGUAUGAUUUUCCCAUAGAUUGUCAAGUAUAUUAUAUGAAUAUAAUCGAAAAAUGAAACUCAAUGGAAGCAUUUAUUUCCUUUGUAACCUGUUAUAUUUUGUUCUUUAGCAAAGAUUUGAUUCAUUGUUUUCUUGUUGUGUUGGUGGAAAUUUUCUUGAACAAGAUUCACAUUAUACAUGUAAAUGUUAAUUUGAUACUGAUAUCAAAGCAAUGCAUUCUUUCGUACUUUUAAAUUACCAUGUGUACUGUAUAACAUGAUGUUUAUUGUUUUCUUAACGCUGCACUCUCAAAUAUUUACCAUUUUGACAACUUUUUUAUUUUUUGUCCUGGAAUGAGCCAAUUUUUGCAUAAAUGUCUGAAAACCAGCGAUAUAUAAGACUGCUGACAAAAGAUCAGAUCGCAGAUUUUCAUAUUUCCGUUUGAAAAUUAAUGUUUUAUGACUAAAAGUGUUACUAACGGUUUAAGAAAAAUACAUAAAAAAUCAAUUUUUGAACUUUAAUAUGAAAAUCUGAUUUUUUUGUCAGCAGUCUUGUACCACUUGUUUCCAUGCAUUUUCACAAAAAUUUCAUCAUUCCAAGACAAAAAUUAAAAAGGUUGUCAAAACGUUCAAUCUGUGAGAGUGCAGCUUUAAGUAAAGAACAUCACAUACGAAAAUAUGGUGAUUUUGAAUACACUACUGAAUUUAUAUCCAAUCGUUUUAUUGAUAUUUGUUCAUAAUUUCCUAUGAUCUUAAAAUAAAAUCUCAACCAUG